AUGGAUCCUUCGUGGGGGGCUUCGCAAUUUCCGUUUUCGGGUUUCCAACAAACACCCAACGCCUUCUCACAAAUGUCUCAACUACAACAAGUUCAACAAUAUCAAGCGCUCCAACAAAUCAUGCAACGCAACACGUUUGAACAACUCCAAUCGCAAUCGCAACCCCCGGUUCAACCUGAAGAUGAUGAUGAAGAAGUCGUCCCCGAAUCACCACCGCAAGAGCUCACGCGCAAAAAAAAGAAGGGGAAGGGAAAGAUGGUUGAACCCGAAACCGCGCAAAAACCGAGAGCAAAGGGGAGGCAAUGGACGAAAGUAGAAGAGGAGGCGCUAGCUAUGGCGUAUGCUAAGGCCUCUACUUGCCCGAUAGUCGGAAACAACCAAUCGGGUAGUAGUUUUUGGAAGAAGACAACGGAUAGGUUUAACGCGAUUAUGGAGCAUGGGGAGGCUCGUGAUGUCGAAUCCGUCUCGGGCAAGUGGCGAAAAAUGAUCAAGGUCGUCAACGCCUUUAAUCAAAUUUAUAACCAAAUUUACCUUUCGCCUCCAAGCGGGAGUAACGAGUAG